AUGGCGGGAAUGGCAACAUCCUUCAAUGUCUCAUCAGCUUCCUCCAUCCUCAGCCGUCCAUCACAGCUAUCAUCACUUUCAUUCUCAUCCAAGCCGUUCUUUCUGCCAAUGCGGAGUUCUGCCCGAACGCCCCUACGUCUCAGAUGUCCCAGGAUAAUGGCGUUUUCUAGCAACGAUAUCAAAGUGGGUUCCAACAUUGAAGUUGAUGGAGCUCCUUGGCGAGUUAUAGAAUUUCUUCAUGUGAAACCUGGGAAAGGGGCUGCAUUUGUAAGGACCAAGAUGCGCAAUUAUAUAUCAGGAAAUACUGUUGAGAAAACAUUUCGAGCGGGCAGCACGAUUAAUGAGGCAAAUAUAUACAAGGAAACAAAGCAAUUCACAUACAAAGACGGUCCCCAGUUUGUCUUCAUGGACUUGACUACCUAUGAAGAAACACGUGUAAAUGAAUCAAGUAUCGGGGACAAAACAAAAUGGCUGAAGGAGGGAAUGGACUGCAAUUUGCUUCUUUGGAAUGAUAGACUUAUCGAUGUUGACAUCCCCAUCACGGUGAAACUGACUGUGGUUGAUGUUGAUCCUGGACUUAAAGGUGACACAGCUCAAGGUGGAUCAAAGCCAGCGACUCUCGACACCGGUGCUAUUGUCAAUGUCCCACUCUUUGUACAUAUAGGUGAUGAAAUAAUGGUGGAUACCAGAACUGGGCAAUACAUGAAUCGCGCAUAA